AUGAUAAUCAGUCAUCUACUAUACAUCAUCUACCCUCUAAUCAUCCACAUCAUCUACCCUCUAAUCAUCCACAUCAUCACCUCAACCCAGGCACUCGAAGUCACGAUAAACAACGUUAAAUUAGACAACCCAAUCCAGACUGUCAAAUCCAAAUUCAAAAAAUACUUGCCUGAACUACAAGACAACUUGGAAAUCCCAACACGUCCCAACCAGCAAUUUGUCCGUGAAUCAUUCGUUGGUUCCCGGAUUGAAGGUAAUAACGACAAGGGUAAUGGUCACAUCAACCAUCGUGGUAUAAAAUCGAUGUUCAAGAAGCACAAGAAGAUACAAUCAUCAACCAUCAUCCUGCUAUUGCUGCUGCUGCUGUUGCUGCUGUUGGUGACAUAUACGCUGACCGCAACUCCAAAACCUACGACUGCAGCUGCAAUCUUCAGUGACUCCGAUGAUAUUGAUGACGAUGAUAAUGAUGAUGGUGAUGAUGAGAACAAUACCGGCAAUGAGGUGCUUACAAACAUCUCAGCAAGUACAAGUCAAGUCGUCUCCUCCAUCAAUUCUAGUGACACUUUAUCAUCAACCGUUCAUUCGCGUCCAUCGUGGAUCAAGAGUUUUCUCACAUACAAAUCCAAACAAACCAUGCUCCAUUCCAUGUCAGUUGAUCAUAGUAGAACCCGCCACCGAUUGAUAAACUCCAACAUAGACGAAAACCGCUCUUCCCAUCAUGCUCAUACGGAUCUGAAGUUGACGUCGAAAAUCACCGAAUAUGAAGACUCCUUGAGUAAUCCCAAGGAUUUGAAACGAUGGGUCCAGCUCAUUGCCGAUAAACCCACUGCCAUUUCAUCAAGCUCCACUUUCAAUAAGAACAACGAAAAUCAGAAAGGAGGAGGAGGUAGUAGCAGCUACUCUUCAACACCAAUCCAUUCUUCUUCAAUCAAAACCAAACUAUUCACCACUGGCAACAAAAACGACAAUCAACAACUUGAAAUUGAUAUCGAGGAGUUUAUAAACUACUUGAUCAAUGAACAAGGUUUCAAUCGAGACGAUUUACAAUUUCUCAGAAUGAAGAACUUGGAUUAUGGAUUGGGCGAAAUUGAACAAGAAUUGAACAAGUUGAAAGAUCAACUGGGAAAGCCUAAAGUCAUCAAGAUCGGUGGGGAGGAAGACCAGUUUAAUAAUGGAGGUGGUAACGGCAUGGGUAGCAAGCUCAAAGCUCGCCAUCGCCAUGCAUUGUCGUUGUUGUACUUGUCUAUACUAGUAAUAUUCUGA